GCUACUAUACAGAUAUAAAUGACUGCAAAUAUGUUGUAAACAACUAUUACGGUUCAUGUUCGCAUGCAAAAGAUUUAUCAGUGAUGUGCUUAGGUCCGUUUCUGAAUAUAACGGAUGUGCGAUUAACAAAUGGAACAGGGCUUAACGACGGUAGGGCAGAAAUCAAAGUUAACGACACAUGGGGAACUAUUUGCGAUUCUAGUUUUGAUUUAAGAGAUGCGGAGGUGUUUUGUAAUAUGCUUGGACUUAAAGCGGUGAGGUUCUUUACCGGGGCAUUGUAUGGAGAAGGCGGUGGACCGGUUUAUAUUGAUCAACUUUUCUGUGAUAGUGAUGAUGUUGUUCUCGGUGAUUGCCAGUAUUUGUUUCUUAAUGAAUGCAGUCAUAGCAGAGAUGUUUCUAUAGCAUGUAAUGGUCCGUUUCUGAAUAUAACGGAUGUGCGAUUAACAAAUGGAACAGGGCUUAACGACGGUAGGGCAGAAAUCAAAGUUAACGACACAUGGGGAACCAUUUGCAAUUCUAAUUUUGAUUUAAGAGAUGCAGAGGUGUUUUGUAAUAUGCUUGGACUUAAAGCGGUGAGAUUCUUUACCGGGGCAUUGUAUGGAGAAGGCAGUGGGCCGGUUUAUAUUGAUCAACUUUUCUGUGAUAGUGAUGAUGUUGUUCUCGGUGAUUGCCAGUAUUUGUUUCUUAAUGAAUGCAGCCAUAGCAGAGAUGUUUCUAUAGUAUGUAAUGAAUGCCCCUCGCCAAAGCCUUCAAAUGGAAGCAUAAAUUCCACAUCUACACAUUACCUUGCUGCUGUGAUGGUCACGUGUGACGACGGAUACAAUUUGAUUGGUGAUUCUGAAAUACGUUGUGAACUUGAUGCGACAUGGAGCAGCAGUCCAACUUGCAAAUUGAUAGACUGCGGCGACCCAACACCUGAGUUUGGAUCUAUUAACACAACAUCUACAACAAACGGAACUGUUGCCAUGGUUUCAUGUGACAAAGGAUAUGAAAUACAAGGUGAAACCGUAAUAAUGUGUCAACCUAGUGAGGAAUGGACAGAUAACCCUUCGUGUAUCAUCAAAGGUGUAAUACUAUAGAAUGUUUUAUUUUCGUCGUUUUUCAUUUAUAUUUGA